GACUGUUGGUUCCUGUCAGUCAUUGCUUGCCUCAGUCUCAAUAAGCAUGUGAUGGAUCAGGUUAUACCCCCUGAUCAGGGCUUCGGGGAAGGUUACACAGGCUGUUUCCGCUUUAAGUUCUGGCAGUAUGGGCAGUGGGUUGAAGUUGUGGUGGAUGAUCAAUUACCCACUAUUAACAAUAAGUUGGCGUUCCUUUAUUCCAAAGACAACAAUGAGUUCUGGAGCCCACUCCUGGAGAAAGCCUAUGCCAAGAUGAAGGGCUCCUAUGAGUCUCUCUACAUUGGCUACCCAUUAGAAGCAAUGGUUGAUCUCACUGGAGGAGCUCCUGAAUCAUUUCAGAUGAGUGAGAUGCCAAAAGAUCUUUGGAAAUUCCUUAGAAAGCUGCUAGAGAGAGGCUCAAUAAUUUGCUGUGCUAAACCGGGGCCAGUCGGUGUAUUAAAUGAACAAGGCAUCGUGACCGGGCAUGCGUAUUCAGUGACUGGUGUAGACCAGGUUCAGGUGAAGACCAAUAGAAUAGAGUUGGUGCGAGUUCGCAAUCCAUGGGGAAGAGUCGAGUGGAACGGGGCUUGGAGUGAUGGGUCUGCAGAGUGGAGCCAAGUCACUGACACAAACUGUAGGCAGAUGGUACACCUGGAAGAUGGAGAGUUCUGGAUGUCCAUUGAGGACUUCAAGAAGAACUUUGGGAAUGUGGAGAUUUGUCACUUGAGUCUGUCCCAGCUGUCCAACCCGGAUGGGAAGCUGAAACCCUGGGUGCAGAUGGUGUAUGAGGGGCGCUGGAUUCGGGGUUUCUCAGCUGGAGGCAACUUGUAUUACAAAGAUAAGUACUACUGGAUGAACCCACAGUUCAAACUCACCCUCUUUGAAGAAGAUGAUGAUCCUGAUGAUCCUGAGGUGACCUGCACAUUCCUGGUGGCCUUGAUGCAGAAACACAGGCGCCGGAUGAGGCUUACAGGAGUUAACUUCCUGUAUAUUGGCAUUGAUAUCUUUAAGGGAAACCCCACAAAAGCUUUCUUGACUCAUGAGGAUUUACAGGAAGACCCACCAGUUCUCUCUGUAAAGGAGCACAAAAACAGCGCUGAGGUCACAAUGCGAGGCUGUUUGCCACCAGGCCACUACGUGAUCAUCCCAUCGACUGCCAAUCCCAACGAAGAGGGAGAAUUCCUCUUGCGAGUCUUCACUGAGAAGGGUAACACGGCUGAGCCUGCAGAGAGAAACACCUUACCCAUGGAGAAUCCUCAGUGUCUACCAAACCUUGCACCCUGCCCACUUCCCUCUGCUGGAGAAUCCAAGGAACUGUUUGACAGGAUGUGUGGACCGGAUGAAGCUAUUUCAGCAUUGGAGCUACAGAAACUACUGAUAGAAAUCCUACAGAAAUCCGGUCUUAACGAAAAAUGGGAUGGGUUUGGUCUGGAUGCCUGCAAGAGCCUCAUUUCGCUGACAGAUAGACAUGGAUUUGGAAAAAUGGGAUUCACAGAAUUCAGUAAUCUCUGGAGUAAAAUCUGCCAAUGGACGCGAGUCUUCAAUCAGUUCGAUAAGGAUGGAUCAGGGACCAUGAACAGCCAGGAAAUGUUCAGCGCCUUGCAAGCAGCAGGAUUCCAGGUGGAUGAGUUCUUGAUGCAGCUGAUCGGACUGAGGUACACAGACCCUGAUCUGACCUUCAGUUAUGUGACAUUCAUUUGCUGUCUGACAAAGCUGGACACAAUGAUCCGAUCAUUCAAAACUAUGGACAAGUUUGGAACAGGAGUGAUUAAUAUCACCUAUAAAGAGUGGCUCCAGAUGACUAUGUACAGCUAGGAUUUUACAACCUAUAUAGUCGCUCAGCUGGAAAAGGAGCUCUCACUCAAGAUGGUUCAGAAUAGCUUUGGCUCUUGAGAGUCUGGUGGCAACCAUUCAGAGUCGGACUCCCUGGUUAUAACAUCAAAUCGAUGGCAAAUUCUCCAUUAAUCCAUUGUUGAUUGUUAGAAAAUCCAUCUGUUUCCCAGUGUCCUUUAGGGAAGGAAACUGCCACCUGA